UCCAGCAGCCAAGCACAGCAAGCAAGAAGCCUGGAGGCUGAGCCAGGUCCGGACAACUUGAGCUCCAAGUGACACAAUGGACCUUGGGAGCAGAGGAAGAAUCCACUGCAACAUGAGACUCACCUGCUCUCUGCUAAUCAUGGGAGCGUUCUGCGUGACACCUUUCCUCUGCCAUAGCCAAAUUGAUCCACUAGUUCUUGGGCGAGCAGACCCCCAGUGUUGGGAAUCCUCCUCAGCUGUCUUACUGGAGAUGAGGAAGCCUCGCAUUUCUGACUCUGUCAGUGGCUUUUGGGACUUCAUGAUCUUUCUGAAAUCAUCAGAGAACUUGAAACAUGGGGCUCUGUUCUGGGACCUGGCUCAGCUCUUCUGGGAUAUCUAUGUGGACUGCGUGCUCUCCAGAACCCACGGCCUAGGGAGAAGGCAGCUAGCAGAAGCUGAACAGAAGAUCGCUAAUCUACGUUCUCAGUUCACAGGGAGAAACCAAGGAGUAUUUUCUCAUACUCAGAGGUCACCAGUUCUGAAGAAGAAAGACUCGUUUGAAGAUUUAACAAGUAUCCACAUGCAUAAAAGUAGAUCUACGUUACUUGGAAGAAUCAUUGGAGAGCUAGGGAAAAAGAAGAAAUGACUCAUUUAGUCCAAGAUCUCUAUUUGUAUUAUUUUUUAACUACUUCUCUUUCAUUUUUGCAUUUUAAUCCUCAUUGAUGUUAAUUUACACAGUGGAAGAAGGCCUAU